GGAUCACAGUUGUGUUGUCCAAUCCACAUGGCAAUCCACAUUAUUAUUUUAUUAUUUUAAUCCACAUUAUUAUUUCUGCAUUAUUAUAUUUAUUCACGACCCAUUCCCAGUACCUUGCCCAGUACCAAAUCAUAACUACGGGGUGCAGAUGUAAAGGCGAAACCCCGAACAGUCCAUCUGCAGCCUGCAGGUGCCUGCCGGCUGCCUCUCUUGCCAAGUGGCUAGUGACAUCCUGAAAUACACUUUUUGAAGGAUGUUAUAAUGAGCAUUAAGUAGAGCAUUUUAUCUUUUAUUUGGGCACAUUCAAGAUGUUUUAUUUGCAGAAUAACCACCAAAGCCUUGUUUCACUACUAGGAAAGCACUGUUUGGGCUUAACAGCACACCCAAGCGGCAGAGAAGAUGAGUUGUUAGACUGGUGGAGAGAGAAGUUUGAGCUGUCCAGAUGUUCAGAUGUGAGGGUGCAGAGUGACAGCUACAUCACUUGCUUGGCAUUGGAGGACAUUGAGCAAAGAUAUCUUCUGUCUGGUGCAAACAAUGGCAACAUAUUCAUCCAUGAUCUCUUCAAUCUGGCUGGAACCCAUCAUCAUGCUGCAGAAGUGGUGGCGAAGCUGGACAGGGAGACCGGUCAAGGGGGACACCGGUCGGCAGUGGCGGACGUUAGCUGGUACCCGCUGGACACGGGUCUGUUCCUCAGCAGCGGCUCCGACGGCAAUCUGCACGUGUGGGAUACUAACUCGAUGACGAAAAGUGAGAGUUUUCGUUUUAAGAACAAGCUCAUCUGUCAUGCGAUGUCUCCUGUGGCCACAGCCCACUCCUUGAUAGCAGUGGGUGGCGAGGAUUCCACGGUCACCCUGUGUGACCUGAGGUCGGGCUCCAACACACACCAACUGCGGGGUCACGCGGCUGCUACCGUCGACACGUGCCGCUGGUCACCGGCCCACCACUACCUACUGGCCACCGGGGGACGCGACAAGCGGAUUCUGUUCUGGGACGUGCGGUACGCCAAGAGUCAGCUGGCGUCACUGGUACGGAGCCAGUCGCGGCCGGACGGCGCCCACCGCGCGCCCGUCGCCGGUCUGCGGUUCCUCGCGGACGGCCGACACCUCGUAUCGGUGGGCCGGGACGGGGCCUGCGCCGUCUGGGACCUGCUGACAGGCCGUCCGCGGCAGCUCACCGUGCCGCCACUGCGACUGGCCGCGGCCAACUCGGCCGGGCUCGGCUGCCAGCUGGCGGUCACCACACACGGCCGCCGGCAGCUGGCCUUCCUGCCCUGCGGCGACCAGGUGGUGACCUGUGACCUGGGUAGCGGCGAGCCCGUGCAGCGGCUGGACGGCCACCUGCGGCCGGUCACGGCGUGUCAGUAUGACCGCCGUGAGGGCCGUCUGAUCACCUCGGCGGCCGACGGACAGGUGCUGGUGUGGUCGGCCCAGAGGGCGGCGCCGCCGGCCGAGGACGGGGUCAGAGAGGGAGGGGAGAGGACCAAUGGGAACAACGCCGACCAUCUCAUGAGAGACGAGUGGAGUGAUGACGAUUAGAGAAAGGUGCGGCGGAAAACCAACUGUGAUACUCGUGUCCAUUCGGUGUGUGUAUUGAGUCACUGUACAAUAAAUCAUGCGCAUAUUCA